AUGUGCGCCUGCGCAGGGCUUGUCUCCACCCCCUGGUCAGGAGCACCAAUCAGCUGCCGAGCCAGCCAGUCACUGUCUGUAGUGGUGUUGAAACGGCCUGAGACACUGACAGAUGAGAGCCUCAGCAGCUUGGCAGCCCCACAUAUUCUGACCGCACUUAUUUCUAGCCGCAGCCUCCAAACAGGCGCCAUUUCAAAGGACAUCAACACAGUAGCCAAGUGCAUUGGGGCUGGGGCUGAGGCUGGAAUUGGGACCGUGUUUGGGAGCCUCAUCACUCGUUAUGCCAGGAACCCUUCUUUAAAGCAACAGCUCUUCUCCUACGCCAUUCUUGGCUUUGCCCUCUGA